CAAUAUAAACGACAAAUAAUUAUGAUACACGCGUCACACAGUAUACGGGGAACGUGUUCGUUUUGCCGAAUCCUUUACGAUAACGACUUACACUUUUAUAAUAUUUUCUAAUACACAGACAAUCGAUGCAUUUCUCGCGUUACUAUUUACUACUAUGCAGUUUUACGGUCAACGGAUGGCAGACGCGUCAGUUUUCGGUAGGUAUUCGACGUCGUCGCCCGUCUCAACCCUGUCGGUCUGAGACCCGUAUCGGUCCGGACUCCGGAGAGCACGCAUUGCACGCCAAGUCACGAGACAAGAUGAAAACAUACAUCACGUGUCGCCUCGGGACGGGUACAGUCGGAAAGUCGUCGCGCAGCUGACAACACGCGUUCCCGAAGACGUCUGUGCACGACGUAGUCAAUAGUCGUGAACAUGAGAUAAAUAUUUAAAUCCAUCGUCGUCGAGUGUAGUCAAUAAUAUUUUAUUAUUGCACGGCGAGAGUGUUUGCUGCGCGUGCGCGUCCGUCGCAAAUCGCAAUUAGACGGUAUACGCAACGUCGCCAACUCGCAAUUAUUCGCACCAACACCCGUCUCCCGUAGCGGUCCCGUCUGGCGUCCGGCUGUCUACGAUCUCCAGUCAUUGCCCGCUGUGGCACAGUCUGCCACCGACGCCGCGCACCCGAGACGUGUUUGCUGUUGGACUUGGAAACUCCGCCGCCGCUCGACGCGGUCCGCCGGAACACGUUCGGUGGCCAAAGCUCUCCGGUAACCGCCAUGACCACUUACCUGGACCUCGGACCGUUGUUGUUUUCGCUGCGCUCCGAGAAACUGGUCGAAGUGCUGUACAGACGGACCGACAGGCCCCAGUCGACCAUCAGCAUGUCGUGCAGCCGCUUCGUGGCCAACGCCAGAAAUUUCGAUUUUUUGUAUGACGAAAAUGUAGAAUAUGAAAAAUAUAGUGAUGAUGAAUUUGAUUUACAUUCAGAUCAAUUUAAAUUAGGCUCUUCUAUUGAUGAGAAUGGGUUAUUUAAUGUUAAAAUGAAAGUAUAUGAAAAAGGAGUAAACAAAAUUAAUGCAGCUCUUAAGAAUAUAGGUUUGGUAGUGUGUAAUUAUAAUUCUAUUCAAUAUAAUAUGGAGCCAUUACAAAUAUAUUAUCAUAAGAAUAAUAUUGCCAGUUACAUUUCAAAUAGAAAUCGUUAUUCACCAAAAUCAGAUAAUUCAAUAGAUAGUCUGGAUAAAUAUUAUUGUGAAGAAAGUGAUUACAAGUCAGUUUCUUCUAAAUUAUCUUUUGAGAAGAAAUUUUACAUAAAUGUUGAUGAGAAUAGAAAUUAUUAUCAAGACCGACCAAAAAGUACAGAAUAUAUUCAUUCAGGAAAUAAAUAUUCUCAUAGAAUCAGUAAUCGAAGAAGAUUUUCCAAUAAAUACUGGACAAUAAGGCAUAUGUUAUUUUCAAAAUUUGAACACGGUAUUCUACUAGAUGAUGAAAGCUUUUAUUCUGUAUGUCCAGAAAUAUUAAGUUAUCAUAUGGCAAAACGUUGUAAAAAUGACAUUUCCUUAGACCCUUUUUGUGGUGCUGGUGGAAAUAUAAUUCAAUUAGCAUUUACUAGUAAAUUAGUUAUAGCCAUUGAUAUAGAUCCAUUUAAAAUAAAACUAGCACAACACAAUGCCAAGAUAUAUGGCGUAGCUGAUAAAAUUGAAUUUAUUGUUGGAAAUUUCUUUGAAAUUUUUUCAAUGUUAAGAGCUGAUGUUAUAUGCAUGUCACCUCCUUGGGGUGGUCCAGAAUAUUUGUUUGAUAAGAGCUUUAGUAUUACGUCCAUGUGCAAGAAUUAUAAAUUUGGUGGUUUUGCUAUUUUUGAUAUUGUUAAAAAUAUUGCACCAAAUAUUGCAUUUCAUAUGCCCAAAACCACUAAUAUAUUAGAAUGUUUAUGGUUAGCAAGAUUUUUAGGGAAAGUGGAAAUACAACAGAAUAUCAUCAACCAAAAGCUGAACUCAAUUACAGCAUUUUAUGGAGACUUUAUUGAUUUAACUAACAACGACUAUUAAAAAUAUAUAUAUUUAUAUAUAUAUAAUAAAUUUAAAUAAAAAAAAAUGUAUAACGUCAUAUCAUGUGUAUUAUGAUGUUUUAUUUAGGUAAUUUAAAUGUUGAACGUAUAAUUUGUUAUAACUGUUUUAUUUUUUCUAUUAUAAUUUACUAUCAUAUAUAAGAAAAGGUGGUAAAGAAAUAUUGCUAAAAAAUUACUACUGUUUAUAGAAGACUAAAUAGUCAAAGUAACUAAUAACAAUAUUAUUACAAAUGUAUGUUAAAUACGUGAAUAUUGGAUUAUUGUUCCAUUCUAUUUCUACAAAGUUCUAUUUGAACUUAUAGUUUUACAAAAAAAAAGGGCAUUGAAUACAAUUUUAGCAAUCUAUAAUCUAAUUAAAGACCUACUUUUAUACUAUUAACUAGUUCUUAAAUGUUAUAAAAUACACGAACAUGUUCAGUGGAGCC